AUGUUUUUAAGUAAGCUACAGCUCGAGCUACCGUUCAUUAUUUUCUCUCAUCUUGCCGUCCCGUUCGACUCUGGCGAUCCUGAGAGAGACAUCAAGACCCGUCCCGAGUUCCUCAACCCGGGCCGGUCCAAAAUCCCCGGAGCCAACACCGGCAUUUGGACGGAGAAGGACCUGCCGGCGCGGCUGAGGUUCGGACCCUACGAGGGUAUCGUCACCGCCGACCGACGCCAGGCCACCGACUCGGGCUACAGCUGGGAGAUCAAAAAGUGUCGCCGCGUGCACCACUACGUGAACGCCGGCGACUCGAGCUCCAGCAACUGGCUGCGGCUGGUCAACUGUGCCCGCUUCGAGCAGGAGCAGAACCUGAUCGCAUUCCAGUACAAGGGCCAGAUGUACUACAGGACGUACAAGCCGAUUGUGAAGGGCUCCGAGCUGCUGGUCUACUACGGAGACGCCUACGCCCGGGAGCUCAACAUCAACGUGCAGACGUUCAGGAAGGCUCCGGCCGCCGCCCCGCCGCCAGCAGCCUUCGUGUCAGGUGGCUCCACGGUCCGCUGCGUCCACUGCGACUACGCCUGUCUGGGACAGGAGCGGCUGGACAGGCAUGUGAAGACACGGCACGGUCACAUCGGCAGGAACGGACGGUACAAGUGUGAGUGGUGUGAGUACUCGACGAACGAUGUGCGUAAUUUGAGUCGCCAUCGCCUCACCCACACGGGGGAGCGGCCACACCGCUGUGACGAGUGCGGCAGGACGUUUACUCAGCUCAGUCAACUGACCACUCACCGCCGUACACACACCAGCCAGAGACCGUACGUGUGUGACGUCUGUGGGAAGGCGUUCACAGAGAACGGUAACCUAACGAGACACAGACGGAUCCACACCGGGGAGAAGGUGCGUCAGUGUGAGCAGUGUGGCGCCGAGUUUAACCAGCUGUCCGACUACACCAGACACAUUCAGUCACACAACGGAGUGAAGCCGCACCGGUGCCAGGUGUGCUCGUCCCGGUUCGUCAAACAGGCGAACCUCACCACACACAUGCGGACUCACACGGGGGAGCGGCCGUACGGGUGCUCCUUCUGCCCGGCACGGUUCGCGGAUCAGUCGGUCAUGAGGAGACACGUCACCGCCCGGCACACACACGACUACCGACACAGGUGUGAGCGGUGUGGUAAGGGAUUUGUUAGACUCAAUGAAAUGAGGAAACACAGUGAGAGGUGCACGGUGACCAGCUGAUGUGUGUGUAGCUGUGCUGGCGGGGUGGUUGUUACCACAGUGUAUAUAAAUUCAGUGGCGGCAAAUGCGCUUGGUCACGUGACCAAAUCUGCACGUGCGGUUGUGGCGAGGGCACUUCCCGAAACUCUGGUGCCAACGGCCUCGCGGCGCCCAUAGAGAAUACAUGGGGCCUUUUCUUUUCAGACCUAUCGUGUCCAAACCAAGCCAUUUAGUGCAAGGAUACGACUGGUUUGAGAUUCAGUCGUCUUUUGGCUAUAAGUCGGCAUAAGAAACGUAUUUUUAUCGGCAAAAUUCGCUAAGUACCAGGUGGUUUUCCGAUACGCUGCACGCCUCCUAACCCCCGGCGGCCGACCGGAGGAGUCAGUAGCGCUCCACUUACGACUUUUGGCGAUAGCUCAAAACACCUUACAGCUAGAGGGCUGCUAUCUGGCACACCUUAUCUUUGCUUCCAUACGCAUCUUUGGAAACCAAUUGCAUUUCCGUCUCAGGUCAGAUCACUGACUUAUGACGUCACACGUGAACCUCUGCAAUAGUCCCAAAAUACCGAAACUUCGCAAUGCCCUCGGUGCCAGAGGAGCUGUCACAGCGAGAUGAUACUUACAGGACCUAGUAUCCUCUAGAAGUCACAAAACUUGUAUAUCUCGGAUUUUUCCUAGAGGUCACAUGAGGUCAGGCCGAUCGCGUGACGUCACCAUUACAAGUCAAUGGGGAAAAUAUGGAAACUAUAAUUUUGACGCCGAGAAUGAUCUAAACCUAGCUCAAGCACAUGGAAUCUCGCAAUUUCAUGCACUUCUUGCAAUGCCCAAUGCUUCACUUUUGCAUAUUUAACCUAGCGUGACGUCAUAGGUCACAAGUUUUUUCGUCAAUAACUCCUGAUAAAAUUGAAUUGGCAAGUCGGAAAAGUCACCGUUGGACUCGCGAAGACCUACCGAAUCGAAUGAUAUACGAUAUAACCUCCUCCGACCAACUUCGUGAUCUGAGUGCCUCUGACCUGACUUUGACUCGAUGUGAACACCUUAUGUUGACCCCACCCAAACAAAAAAAAAAAAA